AUGGCGUCCGAUCUGGAACUCUCCAGUGGGUUUAUUCCUGCACUGUACAAGCCAGCAGCCUUAUUACCGAUCGCUAGACAUAAGCAGAGCUUGCUUUACCUAGUAGAGACGUAUCAGGUUACUAUUGUGGUUGGUCAAACGGGGAGCGGAAAAACAACGCAGCUUCCCCAGUACCUUGAUCAGGGUGGCUGGUGUGCGAAUGGCAAAGCUAUUGCUGUCACCCAGCCUCGGCGAGUGGCUGCAACCACGGUCGCAACUCGAGUGGCAGAGGAAAUGCGCUGCAAGAUUGGCGAGGAUGUAGGAUACUCUAUCCGUUUUGAAGAUGUGACUUCUGCCGCCACCAGAAUCAAAUUUCUGACUGACGGGAUGCUUUUGAGAGAGGCACUGGUUGAUCCUCUGCUUUCUCGAUAUUCUGUGAUCAUGGUCGACGAAGCCCAUGAACGAUCUCUGAGCACCGACAUCUUGCUGGGCAUUCUGAAAAAGAUCAUGAAGAAACGCCCCGAGCUGCGUAUCAUUAUCAGCAGUGCAACAUUGCAGGCAGAGGACUUCCUUCGUUUCUUCGCUGGAGACGAGUACAACCCUGAUGCAAAGCCAGCCGAUCUAGGUGGUAAAAUGGGAAGAAUCAUCAGUCUGGAAGGCCGCAUGUAUCCUGUCGACACGCUUUUCCUGGAAUCUCCUGCCGAGGACUAUGUUGAACGGGCAGCAAAAACGGUCUUCGAUAUUCACACCCAGGAAGCAGAAGGCGACAUACUUCUCUUUCUCACUGGCCGUGAAGAGAUUGACCGUGCAAUUCAACUGAUAUCUGAGCGUGCGGCAUAUUUAAACCCCAAAGCACCGUCCUUGUUGACCCUUCCACUUUAUGCCGGUCUCACUACGGACCAGCAGAUGUAUGUAUUCGAACCGGCGCCAGAGAACACACGGAAAGUCAUUGUGUCGACCAACAUUGCCGAAGCCUCAGUCACCAUUGACGGUAUCGUCUAUGUGAUCGAUUGCGGGUAUGCUAAGCUGCGGGCGUACAACCCCGCCACAGGUAUCGAGACUCUGACAGCGGUGCCCAUCUCCAAGGCCUCGGCCACCCAACGCUCCGGACGUGCAGGCCGGACAAAACCUGGAAAGUGCUUCCGCCUCUACACCCAACAGACAUAUGAGCAACUUCCCGAUGCUACGAUCCCGGAGAUUCAGCGGUCCAAUCUUGCUCCGAUCGUAAUGCAGCUCAAAGCGCUUGGGAUUGACAACAUCGCCCGCUUUGAGUUUUUGACAUCUCCCCCGGCGGAACUUGUCAUUCGUGCUCUUGAACUCUUGUAUUCUCUCGGAGCCGUGGAUGACUAUGCCAAACUCACCAAACCCCUGGGGACACGGAUGGCCGAGCUUGCCGUGGAUCCGAUGAUGGCAAAGGUUCUUCUCGCUGCACCCUCGUUCAAGUGUCUGAGUGAAAUGCUCUCUAUUGCGGCCAUGGUCAGCCUUCAGGGAACCGUAUGGGUGCAGCACGACGGGGACAAGAAAGGCGCCGAGAGUCACAGGCGCAAAUUCGCCGUGGAAGAAGGCGAUCACCUUACUUAUCUGAAUGUGUACCAAGCUUUCGUCACCAAGGGCAAGAAAGACUCCAAAUGGUGUCGCGACCACCUCUUGAAUUACCGGGCCCUCACACGCGCUGUCAGCAUCCGAGGUCAGCUCAAACGAUACCUCGAACGAUUCGGCAUCCAGGUUGAUGAGAGCCUCUCAUCAAGGCACGGCGGUACUGCUGUAACAUCAACGUCACCGGAGCAGAUUCAGCGAUGCCUGACUACCGGCUACUUUGCUCAUGCGGCGAAGAUGCAGCCUGAUGGGACCUUUAAAACUGUCAGCGGUGGACUGACACUUCACGCUCACCCCAGCUCUUUAAUGUUUAAUCGGAAAGCGGACUGGGUCAUCUUUCAUGAAAUCAUGCAAACGGGAGACAAGACCUACAUUCGUGACAUCACCAAGGUUGAAAAGAGCUAUCUCCUUGAGUAUGCCCCGGAGUAUUACCGGGUCUCUUAG